GGAACUGAGGUGCUCAUAACUUAUUUACCAAUGUCCAGGUGAACUGUGUUUUUUCGAUAAGUUAAACAAAAUAAACCAUUUGUAUCUACAAUAUAUUGCGUCAUUGUGAUAAAUCAGUCAUUUUUUUCAAGUUUAACUAUUUUUAGUUUAACAAAGAAAGAUGUAAUUUUAAUAUUUUUGUUGCCAAUCUAUUCAUUACACUUCAAUACUUGAUUGAGUCCGUAUAGUGCAAAAUAAUUGAAUCAAUUUUCAUUGGAGACUGAAAUUAUGACAGCUUGAUCAAAGUGGUGCAUUCAUUAAAGCGUUUGAAAUAAAUCUCAAUCUGAAAUAUUAUGGUUUGAAUACGAAAGCAGAAGCAGGAAGAAAACGAUUCAAAGAAAAUACAAGGAAAAAAAGAAGGAUACACAGCGUGACGUUCAAGUGAAUAUUGACUUCAUUGGAAAUCAAAAAUGCCAAGACCAAUUUUCUGUACAGUGCUGUUGCUUAUUGCCAUUACAAAUUACAUUGACAUUGUCGAAUCAUCUGAUUUGAUGUAUAAAACGGAUCGGCCAAUAAUUGGAGUGAUAACGUUAGAGAUAAGGGGGCGACCUGCCAUGUUAUGGCCAUCUUAUGAUAGCUAUAUAGCAGCAUCUUAUAUUAAAUUUGUUGAAGGUGGAGGUGCGAGAGCAGUGCCCAUAUGGAUUGAUAAACCUCGAUCGUACUAUGAAAAAAUGAUGAAGAAGCUCAAUGGCGUUUUGUUUCCCGGUGGUGCAACAUAUUUAAAUGAAAGCCAUGGCUAUGCCGAAGCUGGCGUACACAUAUACGAUAUUGCGAAACGCAUGAAUGACAAUGGCACAUAUUUUCCAUUGUUUGGAAUAUGUCUAGGCUUUGAGUUCUUAUUAUUCGCAUCAAAUAAAAAUGAGGAAUAUCGGAUCCGUUGUUCGUCGCAACGACAAUCAUUACCAUUGAAUUUUACCGAAGGGUUCAGAGCGAGUCGAAUGUUUGGAACAGCUCCAGAGCAUAUAAUUAAUAUACUGAAUAAGGAAGCAACUACAUCGAAUUUUCAUUCGUAUUGCGUCACACAAGAGAAUAUGAUUGAAUAUGGUUUGGCCAAAAAAUGGAAGACAUUAUCAACUAAUCUAGACACAAAUGGAUUGGAUUUCAUUUCAGCCAUUGAACACAAACGUUAUCCAUUCUACGGUGUUCAAUUUCAUCCAGAGAAGAAUCUUUACGAGUGGAUUCAAAAUAAAAAUAUUUCGCAUACUAUAGGUGCGAUCACGUCUUCUCAAUAUUUUGCAUCGUUUUUUGUCAACGAAAGCCGAAAAAAUGGAAAUCAUUUUAGUGGGAUAAAUGAAGAGAAUCGAGCGUUAAUUUAUAAUUUUCCGGUUACAUUUUCUGGUCCACGGUAUUUAACAUAUGUACAAGUCUACCUUUUUAAAAAGAAUGUAGAUUAUCCGAAUAAUCCUAGCUUUUUAGAACUUCAUAACAAUAUUUCAUUUGACAACAUAAUGUGAACAAAAUCCAACACAUUAAGUUUUAAAUCUAUCAAUUCAUUUGUUCAUUU